CAUGUUUCAACCACUUCAACAAACGCAUGAAAUACCGUCUACCUCACACUUCGCAAUUACAACGCCUGUAAUCUACUUGAUUACUGUCGCUCUAUCCUACCUCACCACCUCGAUCAAAUAAACCACCACUCACUCUCUGCAGCAGCACAGCACGAAUCGUCGCUGCGCAGGCAGCACGACCCCACAAUGACCUCCUACUUCUCCUCCCUCCUCACAACCACCACCUCCCGCGUCGCCUCCAUCCGACAGAACCUCCUCCCCUCCGAGAACGACGGUGACACCGAAGAUGACACACACAUCUGCCGCGUACUGCGAGCCUAUUACACCGAAAAAGGGCGUCCCUUCCCCGCGUGGCUGCCUCCCGACCCAAAGGCACCCCCUCCAGUCGUCGUAGCACCCGUCUACGCACAACCAAACGUCGGCGCACGCUACGGAGGGCUACAAAAUCAACCAGGAGGAGCUGGAGGCGGGGCGUUGAGUAGUCUAUGGGACUCUCAGCCAGCGCAGCAGCAGCAGCAGCAGGAUCAGGCGAGCUUGAGGCAAGGACGGGGAUCGCGAUUAGGUGCUACGGCUGGAGGACCGAGACAGAACCCCUUUCAGAGACAGGCGCCAGCGCAGGAAGCGCAGGUGCAACCUAGGCCGUUGCCAAGUGCGAGGGCGGGGAGUUAUCAGCAGAGUGCUGGGGGGUAUGGCAGAGGCGAUGUUCAGACUCCGCCUGGGAGCUCGGCGGGCAUAUCUGCGAAGGAUAGGUUGAAGGGGGCUUAUAAUAGGGGGAGGGCGGGAUCGCCAGCUAACUCUGCGUCAGAACCUCCACCGGUACAGAGGGGUAAUAGUUACGGUUCAUCGGGAGGUGGAAGUAGCAGCAACUAUGAGGAUAGGUUUAUGCCGACUGGAAAUGGAUAUGGCGGAGGAGGCGGGAGUGACAAGCCGUUUGUUGCUGCUACCGCUCCUUGGGCUACCAAUGAGUCUGAGUUCAGCGGAGGAUAUGGUGGAGGGGGAGGACGACCCAGACCAACUGGCUUGCCCAGUGGUCCUGCUGCUGGCAAGAGGAGAUGAGGUUAGAGUCGUUGGAGAUUGAUCUUGUCUUGGACUUGGAUUGCCGUGGACAUGUUAGGCAGGACAUGGCAUAGGAUGGAGUUGUGGAGAGCAUGCAUUGAGUUCUAGGUGUCCUUAGUUAGAGCAUGCAUACAAUGGGUCUAUCAUUGCUCGUCUAGAAAGCUUAUAACAGUCAAUUGGACCAUAGUACAAGUUCAUGCUCA